CAGUUACAGCCAUCCAAAGACCUUAAAUCUCCCACACAUCUGACUAGACUGGUAUUACUACGUCUGAAUGUGUCAUUCGCUUGCCUCCUUCACAUUGCAUGUCCACCGAGCCUGGAUUGUACUUGAGGACAGGUACCUGGGGUGAUCCGGAAGAAUGGGUUGCGGCUCCACCAUACAACUUUAGACUGAAUCAUUGAGUUGGGGUUUGAACAGGGGUACUAUCGUCGGGACAAUGAAGUCCAGGAUUGGCCAUAUGAACAAGAACGGCAUCAGAUGAUCGAAUAUAGAACUAUCGACCUUUUAUCACUUCGAAAAGAUUACGAGGGAGACUCGGGAUAAACUCGCGGGAUCACAAUGCCCCAAAUUGCCUAUGGCAUCGCAAGCAAUGAUGUCUACUACACCAUCGAUUCCCUGAUCCAACAGCUCGUCAAUAUCAAAAAUGAAACGGGGGUGUUCCUCUUAAAGCUCGACGGGCGGGUAAUCGACACAAAAGGUUGGAAUAGCUGGGAAUGGACCCACGGUAUCGGGCUCUACGGCUUAUGGAAAUACCACACCCUCACAGACUCCACCUCCUGCCUAGAAAUCAUCGAGGCCUUGUUCGCCGCCCGCUUGGCUCUGACACGAUACCAAGAGCCUAAUGGACUAUGGCGGACGCUGAUCGACCAUCCCAUUUGCGAAGGCUCACACGCGGAAAGUUCUGCCACGGCAGGAUUUGCGCUCGGGAUGUUGAAGGCGCUGCGAUUGCGAUAUAUACGCAGUGAGGAGUAUAGAGAGUCGGCGGUCAGGGCUGGGAAGGCGGUGCUGGCGAAUAUUAAUGCGCUGGGGGAGCUCACAGAUCUACUGGUAUAG